CCUGUUUCACCCCACCCCCGUGCGCGUGUAGCACCUGCCCAAAGCAUCAGCAUCAGAUACCGCAUUUAUUAUUUAAAUUGCCUAAGAAGAUCCUAGACCACAGGCUUGAGAAACUAGACAGAGACUUCAUUGUACCUUUCAAAUAGGCUGUUAUGUCAUUCUUUCAUGAAAACGUCGCAAACUCUUGUAGUGCCUUAGAAACUAGAAACCCUUGGAACAAGCAUCAAAUAAAUGAAUAGAGAGGCGCGGAAGACGCGCAGCAGCGCGUUGGAUGGAGCGUCAUCGGGAGAAGCAGAGGAUAUGGAUGGUGAAGAUGACGCUCACAGCAGACCUUCAUCAGUACUGUGGGAAAGACACAUCGAGCAGAGUAUAUUUGUGGAUAUCAGCGAUGAUGACAGCCUGCAUUUCAGUGACAUGCAGGGCUCCUUCACUGUUCACCUCUCACAGGUCUCUGGUGAACCUGAGAGCCCACAACUCACUGAUAAUGCAGAGCUGUCAGAGUCAUGUGAGACUGAAGAGGGCUCUUCAGAGAGUGUUGACUCGGUUAACAGUGAAUGCACAGAAAAUUCAAAAACCAGAAACAGGAAGGGAAACAUACCCAAGGCGUCAGUAAAGAAAACCACCCCUGUGGUGAAGCCAGUCAUUGGAACACAUGAGAAUGAUGCAGUCAACACCAGUGAUGAAGAACACGAAGAGCUUCCAUAUGAUGGUGCACACAGCAACUACAAAACGGAGAUGAAUUUAAAAGCAUCUCCAUGUGAAACAGUUACUGAGAUGCCUAGUCAGAAUUACUCUACGCUUGAUAAGUUAAAUAUGCCAAUUGGUAAUGCAGAACGAACAGAGGCUUGCCAGUAUAAUCUUACUCACGGUCUUCUAUCCAAUCAUAAACCUAUUCAACCUGCAGACCACAUCAAUGACUUCCUGCUCAGACACUUCUCCAAGGAGGAGCUGCUUAACUCAAGCAGGAUCAUUGAAGCCGAGACCCUACCCGAGACAUCUUUGAUGGACAGCAUUGAUGAAACCGUGCGGAGUAGAGCUUCUCAGGCUGCACUGAUCUUCGUAGCAGAGAGGGAGAAGAUUCAGGAUGUGAGGGAGGACCCUGAUCCAAGCAUUGCUGAAAGCCAUAGAUUGGCUGAACUAAAUGUUUCAAAUGAGUCAAGCUCAUCUAAGGAAACUGGGUCGACUUGCAUCAGUGAUGCUGCAUAUGCUGGGGAUGACGUUGAUGAUAAUAAAGAGUGUCCUAAACAGAACUGCAGUGCCAACUCUUUAGAUCUGUCUAAAGCAGAUGCACAAAAGCCUAAGUGCUCCUUCAGCAGGACCAGGUCCUAUAGUGAGCUGAAAUACGGGCAGGGAAAGGUGCAUUACCCACUCCCUGACUUCUCUAAAGUGGCACCUAAAGUCAGAAUACCUAAAGCUAAUGCGGGUGUUAAACCCAUCAGCCAGUCACCAGCUAUGGCCCGAGCCCAGUCGUCCCCAGGCAUUCUGGGUAAAUCAGCCUCCUCUUGUAAACCUACAGCAGAUAUCAUCACCAGGGUUUUAGAGGACUCCGUCAUGCCACCAGAGAAUGUGUUCACAGACAAGGAAGUAGCACAUCAGUUACAGGUUGAAUAUGACAGAUUGCUUGCUAAAUAUACAGAAGCUGAAAACCUAAUUGGUCAGCAGAUUCAUGCUUCCAGUGAGCCUUCUGUGACCAUCGACUGGAAUGAUGCAACUAGCAACAAUGAAAACACCAAACUGACAGCAACUCACCCACAAGCACCAGCCACAGCAGGUAUAAGCGAGAAGCAAUUUAGCCUGCAGAACUCUCAACCCGUGGAGACUGAAUCACAGAGCCUGACAGACGGAGAGAGACUGACCUCUGAGCUCAGAGACAUCAUCAGAUCAUUUAUGCAGAAGGUGGAUGAAUUUAAAACAUGUGUCACUACUAUGUCAAUGGAUGUAGAGGAGCAACAGAUGGUGCUAAAGAGCAUGAUGGAGGCCCAGGAUCAGCUGGAGAGGAAUUACCUCACAAAGAGGGAGGAGCAUCGCGCUCUGGAGAUGCAGAACUACAGGGGUUUAACCAGAAACACAGGAGAGUUUGAUCCUGACAGGGAGGUCGAGGGCCAGAUUUUCAGGAUAGGCAUGCACCUGGAGGACAUUAAAGAGCAGAUUGACAGAAAUGUGUGCCAUGUUUUCAAUCCUCCUUCAUCUUCCACUCCCUCUCCUCCACCUUGUGAAGAUAUCCCUCUCUCAUCACCCCAUCCAUCACUGCAUGAGGAGUCAGUCUUCAGCAUCUCCCCUGUUAGACACAACAUUGAGGACAACGAUGAUGAAGAGACCAAUGAAGAUCACACAGCUGACGGACUUUUCUCCAGGGGAACAGAAAACAGCUUCUAUCUACAGUAUUCCAUCUUCUCCACUGAAACGGCUGGCACUGCCAAUGAAGAACAGGAGAACAGACUGACAACAGGAGAGAACCAACACUACCAGGACGUCCUGGCACAAGCAUCCUCCUCAACUUUAUUAAAGCAGCUGACACACGAUAGGUAUGAAAAGAAGAUCAGACAUAGUGAAUCCUACUUCACUCCUGUAGGACCAUCUCCUCAGCCAACCGCAGAUAAAACACAGAGCUUUUUCAGUCCAGAAACUGACAGUGGCUUUGCCAGUUUUGAUCUAAGCCGUCCAAGCACAGGACUGUCCCAAACACCUUCUAGUGCUGUGAGUUCUGCACUCCCUGACGAUGUCAACAUCAUAACGAAUACUAGUGGUUCAGACAGUGAUGCCUCCCACUCCAACGUACGAACAACUAUAUCAGUGGCACCACAACCUGUGCAGCUCACAGUGAACCGCCUGGAAUAUGAACAGGUAACUCGUGUCAUGGAAGCAAGAAGCAUUACCCAGAAUGCACCUUUUAGAGCUCCGAAAGAAGUUGACACAUCAGUAGGUGGCGCCAAUGCCAUGCAUACCCAGGUGACUGAGGGCACAGGGGAAGAUCAGCUGGGAAAGAGCCGUUCUGUAAAUGAGACACACUCAGCAUCACACUGCUCAUGCCACAAUAGUAAGGUUAUCCUCGCACUGCAGUAUGAGGUUUCACGACUCAAGAGGGUGCUAGAGGAAAGCCUUGGUCACCUGCCUCAUGAGAGCAUGAAUGGCAGGUAUCCAGUGGAGAGGAAGCACAAGGGACAGACCCGCAGCCAGAACAGAGGCGCCUCCAGCAGACGUGUGAAGACAGACUCGAACUUUCAGACGAUUGAGGACUGGAUCUCUUCUGAUAUGGAGCUCAGCAAGAGCAAAGUCACUGACGGUGAGGAUUCAGAUCACACCAUGAGUUUACAGAGAGCCUUCAGUCCAUCUCGCGGACUAAUACGCACCCGAUUCAGUGCUGACAAGAGGUCACAUGACUCCAGAACCUCAUCUAAAGCCUCAGUGGAGAGCUUUCCUUUGGACACAUCUCAGUUCAGCCAGUCUGGUAGCCAUUGGAGAGCCAGCAUUGGGCCAACAAACCCCAGCACUGACACUAAGAAAACCAACAAAAGUGCCAGCUAUAGACCUGCAAUGGGAAACUUGGAGAACAUCUUCUUAAACAGCACAAAACUUGCCCCUCCUAUAUCUGUUCAUCCUUCCCAUAAGCCUCUGCUGCAGGUCAACUACAGCUCCUCCUGCAGUCUGCCUGCAGGAUUCAAAGUGCGAGAUCAAGCAUCAGAACCAGUGUCCUCUAGAAGGCGCUCAACUCAAUCUGACUCAGCACUGCUUCCCAGUAACGUCUUCUUUCAACGGACCUCACCGAAGACCAGUGGAAGACCACAGCGCACCAGCAGAGAGGAAUCAAUACAUAAGACAUUGGACAAGGCCUUGCAGGCAGCUUUUCUAAUGAAGCAGACCACAGACAGGAUGGCAGACGCUCUCUCUGCUGACCUGGCCAAAGCUCAGCUCCAGAGGAAGUUACUGGGCCUACAUCCUCUCAGCAGCAGAGAAGACAGAUAGCUGUGCUGCUGUUAUUCACCCUCUUCAGGACAUUCCUGUGGAGUAUAAAUCAUUGCAUCUGCUUUUACACAUCUGUUUAAUAGUGUUUGGGGUUGUGCAUUCUUGUCAAAUAAAAAAAAAAAAAACU